AGAAGCCCAAACGGCCCACUGUGAUUGCAGUUUCUUUACCAUUCUCGAAUCUUCGUCUCCCCCUGUUUUAUCUCGCUUGUCAAUUCUCCAUUUCUGCGUCUGCGCGAACACCUGUACUCUUUCAAUACUCACGAAAUGGUAGAAGAGCCACCUUUUAGGCCACGAGAAAAGCUGAUUGAGAAGCAAAAAAUGUAUCAAAGCAUCCAGAAACACACAUACCUGAAAGGUCCAAUGGACAAGAUUACCUCAGUUGCUAUUCCUCUUGCAUUAGCGGGUUCUUCCCUCUACCUCAUUGGACGUGGUAUCUAUAACAUGUCUCAUGGAAUCGGAAGGAAAGAUUGAAUAUGUGAUUUUAUCUUUAUGUUUUAUUGUUCUAAGUUUAUAUGGUUUUGGUUAUCAGUUAAAUGUUAACCAGAAUUCGUCGUUAUGUGAGUAUUGUAAUGUGUUGUUGGGUGCUCUGAUAAUAUUUGGAAAAUAAUGUAUUUAUGUAAAUUGCAAAUUGAGUGAAUGGAUUUGCAUAUUUUGAAUUGCA